AUGGUUGUAAAAUCACCUGAGAUGAGGAUACCAUGGAAGCCAAUAAAGAUGUACUGCUUUCGGAUUCUGUUUUGCGUGUUUGGAGUAGCGUUGCUGGUUAUACACCUGUUGUCCAGUAUUCGCUACAGCUCAUACAGAGCGGUGGUGGAUCCUUCCUUCAAUGUAAUUGAAGCGAUUGGCGAAUUAAACAAAAACAUAGCUGCUAAACCCGAUCAUGAUAAAACGAUUGUAGCGAAUAUGAAAGAUGACGAAGCAUUUCCAAAUGAAUCAUUUCAAAAUAGAAACGAUGAUAUGAUCGAUGACAAUAAAGUUCAAGAAUUCACUAGAAAUAACAAAGGAAAUGCAGAUACUUACGCCACAACAACCACCGCUGAAAAGAUUGAAGCUUCAAAAGAAGAAGUGCAGCAUAUUGCUUUUCUAAAGGUCCACAAAGCGGCUAGCUCCACAGCACAGAAUAUCUUUCUGAGGUUUGGUUGGAAAAGAAAUUUGACAUUUGUACUUUCACCGGCCAAAAAUCCUGCUGGAUAUCCAAAUAUUAUCAGUCUCCGGGAGUCUCUUACAAAUAGCAAUAUACUAAGACCUCCUCCUGGCAAGCAUUAUGAUAUUCUUUGCAACCAUGUGUUUUAUAACUACAACGCUUUUAGACAGUUUAUGCCUAAAGACACCAAAUUCAUAGGGAUCGUAAGAGAACCAUUUGAAUUGUAUAAGUCCAUACUUAAUUAUUUCAAACCAAGAUAUAUAUUCAAGAUGAUUCAGGGACCACACCCUGCCUCGCAAUUCCUCCGAGAUCCCGCAAAGUAUGAACCAAAGGGAAAAUCUUCAAACUCGUGGACAAGAAGUCGAAUGGCAAUUGAAUAUGGAUUUCCGGAAGAAUUGUUUAAGAAAUAUGAUAAAGCAGCUUCAGAAAAAUACUUAGAAAAGAUAGGACAUGAAUUCACUAUGGUUAUUAUAGCAGAGUAUUUUGAAGAUUCCGUUGUUAUGAUGCGUCGCUUGUUACGCUGGCAAACGAAGGACAUUCUUUUCGUAAAUUUAAACGUGGCGAGACAUAAAGAUGAAUCAGAGUUAACAAAAGCAUAUGAUAGAGACUUUUACAGAAACUAUGCAAAACUAGACUACGACAUUUACAAUUUCUUUUAUCGUCGAUUAAGAGAGCAGAUUCGAGAAGAAGGUCAGGAUUUCGAUGAUGAGUUAUUAGCUUUCAAAGAACUACGAAAACGAGUGCAAGAAUUCUGUGCUUUACCUGCUGCAGAAAAAGCUCAACCUUUAGAAAUACCGAAGACCAGUUGGGGUGAACAAUUUGCAAUCGGUAUUGAAGAGUGUAAGGAUAUGACUAGUGGAGAAAUUAGUUUCAUUACACGGAUACGGGUACGCCAGUAUGGUUCGAGGGACAUUUAG